AUGGCGGUACGGAUGUCGAUGGUGGGUGUGCUGGUUACUCUGCUUUGUCAGGUGUGGAGCUCUGCAGAACCUCAUCACAAAGAAGAGGAUGUCCUUUACCCAUGGAGGAAUCAAGGCAAGGGAGUGGUCAGGGUGAAGAGAGACUGGAUCAUCCCUCCAAUCAGAGUGCUGGAGAAUAGCAAGCAGGUUCCUGAAGACCUUGUCCAGAUCAAAUCGGACAAAAUCUUUACAGGUGAGGUGAUCUACAAGUUGGAGGGGCCGGGGGUGGACCAGGAUCCCAAGAAUCUGUUUGAGAUCGAUGAUAUAACGGGAGUAAUCAGGAGCAAGCGGCCGCUGGACAGAGAGAGAUACAACAGCUUCACGCUGAAAGCCUUUGCACUGUCCCCCAGUGGAGAGAGACUAGAGAACCCUACCAUCAUAGAGAUCGUGGUGCUGGAUCAGAACGACAACAGACCCGCCUUCACCCAGAAACAGUUUAGUGGCUCUGUCUCUGAGUUCUCAGUCCCAGGCACUUCGGUGAUGUCAGUGUCAGCCAACGAUGCAGAUGACCCAAUGACAGAAAACGCUUAUCUGAGCUACUCCAUCAUUGGCCAGGAGAGCAUUCCUGCCAACGCUGUUACCAAGACGAUGUUUGGUAUCAACAACGAGACGGGAGCCAUCUACACAAGAGAUGUGGGCCUGGACCGAGAGGUGGUGAAAAGUUUCAGAUUAAAACUGCAGAUUGCUGAUAUGGGGGGCAUGGGACUAACAAGUGAAGGUGUGGCAAUCAUACACAUUUCUGAUAUCAACAACCACGCCCCGCAGUUCAGCCCUGCCGUGUACAGCAUGGCAGCAGUGGAGAACAGGAAGGACUAUGUGAUUGGCCGGGUGAAUGUGACAGACAGAGAUGAUCGUGGAGCAGGCAACUGGGAGGCCAAGUACUUCAUUUCCAACGACCCUGAAGGCAACUUUGCCAUUAGUACGGAUCCUGGCAGCAACGAGGGCGUUCUGACAGUGGUGAAGCCUCUGGAUUAUGAAGCACAGAAUGAGCACGUCCUGGUACUGAUGGUGGAAAAUGUCAAUCGCCUGAGCAACAAGGCUCCCAACCUCCCAGUAAGCAGCGCUACAGUGGUGGUGAUGGUCAUGAACGAGAACGAAGCUCCCCUUUUCAGGGAGGACCCCAUAAAGAUUGUGGUCCCUGAGUCUGUGGUUCCUGGGACGUUACUGAAAAGCAAUAUCGCCUUUGACCCUGAUCAUUCUGACCUGAGGUAUGAGAUUAGCAGAGAUCCCGAGAGGUGGCUGCAGAUCAACAGAGACACAGGAGACAUUACAGCCAAGAGAACCUUCAACAUGCGAUCUCCAAAUGUUAGAAACAAUAUCUACAAUGCGGUUGUCAAGGUCACAGAUGCUGGCGGUGUGUCGACCACCGCCACCGUGGCCAUCACCCUGAAGGAGACCAACGACUUCUCCCCCCAGCUCUUCCCUCUGAGCGGCACUGUGUGCAGGGGUGCGAGCCGCAGGGCUUCUGGUCUGGUUGUGACGGCUGUGGAUGAAGACCUCCCUCCGCACGCUGCACCCUUCACCUUCGAGAUACCUGGGGAUCUGUCAAUCAACUGGACCGUUAAUCAAGUCAACAAUACUCACGCGGUGCUCCAGCCCCUCGUAGAGCUGCAGGCAGGAGAGUAUGCGGUUACAGUGUUUGUGUCCGACUCCGGCAGCCCACUCAUGAGCGCUUAUGCUCAGGUCAACAUCACGGUGUGUGUCUGUGACUCCUUUGGAGAUUGUAAGUCCGAGGCGGGGGCCGUCCUCGGCUCCAGUGUGGGAAUCAGCUUCAUCGCUCUCAUCAUCAUCAUGGCCAGCAUUGCACUCCUACUGUUGCUGCUCCUCCUGGCUGUGGCGGUUACCACCUGUGGGAGACGCCACCAUAUCAAGAAAGGAUCAGGUCUGCUCGUCGGGGAAUCAGAAGAUGACAUCCGUGACAAUGUCUUCAACUAUGAUGAGCAAGGCGGGGGUGAGGAGGACGAGAAUGCCUUUAGCAUUGACCUGCUGUGGAAUCCCCUUGAUGCACCUUCGACCCCGGGGUCCUACUACCCUCGAGGCAAGCAGCCCCUCAGGAGGGAUGCCCCGCAUAACCUGCCCUCACCCAUCUACCCACGGAGGCCUCCAGCGGAUCCCACUGACAUCGAAGACUACAUCAAUGAUGGCCUGGAGGCUGCAGACAACGACCCCAAUGUGCCCCCAUACGACACGGCCCUGAUCUAUGACUAUGAGGGAGAGGGCUCCCUGACAGGCAGCCUCAGCUCCGUGGCUUCAGGCAGCUCCGACGGAGACCAGGACUACGACUACCUCAACGACUGGGGACCACGCUUUCAGAAACUGGCUCACAUGUUUGACCCACGUUAA